AUAAGAAAAUCAGCUGUUCGGGCAGUAGCUUUAACGGAGCAACAGCGCUGCCAUAAAUAUAUGGAAAAUAUUCAGGGAAUUAUAACGAAUAUCCAUCGCCGCCUUAGAUCUAAAACAACAAAUCCAUCGUCCUACAAAGAUUUCAUCCUGCGUGCUCAUCGUUGGAAUACUCUUGAGUCUACAACUCCACUCCAUAAGUCCACCCUCCUUUUAACAUGCUUUAACAUUCUCAAUCUGGAGAUCUUUUCCAUCCUAGAUCUAUAUUUUUCUUUCUCUUGGGUUCUUGGAUGUGAAAACGGUGCUUUUAGACCACUCUUCAUACUUCGCUUAACAACAAAUGCUUCAAUUAGCCUCUGCUCUGCUUCUCUCUAGAUGACAUGAAUGUGUGCCAAUCAAAUGGAUUAUUAGACUGAUUAUCCCUCUACAUGUACCAUGCAGCAUGUUCCAUGUUCCAUGCACCGUCCUGUGCUGAGUGUCCUCGGGGUCCACUUGUCGCUCUCUGGUCACGUGGGGGUCGUUAUUUCGGGAACAGCGGAACGUGCCCGAUAUGCAAAUGGCAUUCAAUUUGGAAUCGCUUAAUUAACAUAUCUCUGCAACCGCUCCCCUCCCCGCCUUUUGCAGCAGGCGGCUUCCAUGCGUUCAAUGCGUUCCAAUUUGCAUAAUCGUUGAGCCGCCCCAAGACGAUAGCGACCGAUACGAUAUCAUCAGGAAAGGCCGGAAAGAGAGCAGCAGCAGCGGAAGCGGACUCCCAGUGAGCCUGGGGAUUUGACGCUGGGGAUUCUUUGAAGUGGAGCCGCAGCAGCGAGCGGAAGGCCGCCACAUUGGAAGGAAAACGACUUUUCACGGCAGUUAAUAAAUUUUUAACUGGUUCAACAAUUGCCCGCGAAUUCCGCCAGCUAAUGACGAGAAACGCGGCCGUCAGUGGCGACGAACCUGACGAGGAGCAGACUUCCGCAGGUGGCACCCCAGACCAGCCUCUGGAUGGGGCUCUGGCCGGGCCGGAAGCGGAGGAGGCGGCAGAGGCGGAGGCUGUGGCACAGGCUGGUGAUGGGGAUACUCCACAGCGACGUCAGAGGCCACGCAGGAAAGAACCACAACGAAGUGCUGCCAUUGGCCCCUUGGAUGGCGACACGGACUCCAGCUCCUGUGACGGAGUGGGCGUGGGCUCUGGCUCGAGGAGGCAGCGUGUUAGCUACGCGCAAAGGAAUCUUCUCGAGCAGGAGGAGGAGGAUGCUGAGGACGGUGAAGACGGCGAGGAUUACGACUACGAUGAGGAGGAAGAGGAGGAGGAGGACUACGACGACUACGAGCAGUCAUCCAGGCCCCGCCAGGUGGCUCGCCCCCGCCCGGUGCUGACCAUUGGCGGCGGUCCACGGAGCAAGCGCAAAACGAAAGUCCGUCAGUUCUCGCAGCGCUCCAGCUCCUACGCCCCGGACUCGGGGCAUGCCGACCCGGAUGGCCACGAUGGCGAGGGCGAUGGCGAUAGCGAGAACCAGGACAAGCGUCGCUGUAUCUCCAAGGGGCAAAUGCGCGAGUUUCGAGAAGCCUUCCGUCUCUUCGACAAGGACGGCGAUGGCUGCAUCACCAAGGAGGAACUGGGCACCGUGAUGCGCUCUUUGGGACAAUUUGCCCGCGUCGAGGAGCUACAGGAGAUGCUCCAGGAGAUCGAUGUGGAUGGCGAUGGUAACGUGAGCUUCGAGGAGUUUGUCGACAUUCUCUCGAACAUGACGUACGAGGACAAGUCGGGCCUAUCUUCGGCCGACCAGGAGGAGCGGGAGCUGCGCGAUGCCUUCCGUGUUUUUGAUAAGCACAAUCGCGGCUACAUCACCGCCUCCGAUCUGCGGGCGGUGCUGCAGUGUCUAGGCGAGGACCUCGACGAGGAGGACAUUGAGGACAUGAUCAAGGAGGUUGACGUGGAUGGCGAUGGACGCAUCGAUUUCUAUGAGUUUGUCCAUGCUCUGGGAGAGCCGGAGGACUCGCAAGAGAACGACGACGAGGAGGAGAACACCACAUCGCCGCUGCCCACGCCCAAGUCGGCCAUUUCCCUCAGCUACGAUUGAGCAGGUGCUGGGGGCUGUGGGCAGCGGGCAGUGCCACGAUUGAGUACGAUUGAGGAGUGAGGAAAAUUAAGUUGGGGGAGCGAUGGUCAUCCAUUAUUUAUGGUAUUUAUGGGCCCAUCGAUAGACAGUAUGCAGUGGAAGCAAUAAAUAAUUGAUGGCCAAGAAGUGGUGGGCCUUGACUCGAUGACUCGAUGACUCCUUUAUGACGAUGACAAUGACUCGUCUGCAGUUCAGCUUGAUCGAUUACUCAUCAUAUAUUAAUGGUAUAUUGAUCGUCAUUUAAAUACUCUAACGAUAACGUAUUGACUCGUCGCUGCAAUAAUUAGAUACUCAUCGAUUACGUAUGGUAAUUAGGCGAGUCUCAAGAGAUAACAAAUCGAAUAACCAAUAUUACCAACUCUAGGCAAGUCUCAUUCAUUCUUUCAUUCAUUCGAAUUCAAAUUGCCGGAAUGCACAGCUAAUCAAAUUACGAAUCAAAUCGAUAAUUAUACGUAUAGCCAAUGGAAUAAUCGAUACAUCGAUAAGCUCGCACUCACUCUCUGUGAAAAUUCCAAAAUAACCAAUAACCUACUUUAUGACGAUAAUCUACAUUCACUUAUGAAGGGGUACGAGUACCCCAAUCGUUCCAACUCUCUCACACACACAUAUCCUUAAGUACUCGUAGUGUAUCUUUCAAGACAUAUCAUUGAAGUAUCGCUCCUCUGUAAGCCUCCCAUUAUCCUUACCCACUUACCCACGACCCUUAUAUGUACCUCCUUAUACCUUCCACUCCUUCCUUCUCCUUAUAGUUAUUUCCCUUUGCCCUUCUCUCUUUACAAAUUUUUGACUAGAAUCGUAUAUGAAUAAAUUGAUUUCAUUAGGAAAUAUUUGCUCAAUUAUAGCUACUGCUGCAACAAAUAUCAAAUCGAAUCGAAUUGAAACGAAACGAAAUCGAACAAGAACAAGAACAACUCUUUAAUUAUUGAACGAACAAUUUAAUGUAAUUUACGAUUUACAAUUUUAAUCCACUCGAAAAACUCGAAUCGAAAAUCCCUUAACAAAAAAAAAA